AUGGACGUGGCAAAACGUUACUUGGGUGUGCUUGCACAGAGGUGCAUGGUUCAAGUACAAGUAGAGACGUAUACUCAAAGGAUCAAUUAUUGUCGCAUUCAUGAUCUCAUGCUAGAGCUACGUUUGUCAAAGGUAGAAAUAAAUGAUUUUCUUCGAAUCAUUUUUCUCCAACGUGAAACUGAUCCAGCUAAUUGCUUUUCCACCACAUCAACAACUACUAUUCCAAAAAUGCGCAGGCUUGCAAUUCAUUUGAAUAGGGAUGUCCAAAGAGUUUUCCUCCCUGACUUGGAGACAACUAAUCAGCUAAGAUCAAUAUUGUUCUGCAAUCAAGGAGUGUAUUUGACAGAGUUGAACUCCCAUUUCAAGUACUUCAAAUUGCUUAGGAAUUUGGAUCUUGAAGGAUUUUGCUUUGAUAAAAAGUUCGUCAAAUCAAUAGGUGACCUAAUUAGCUUGAGAAGAUGUAACUUUCUGGAAGAGGAUCAAUCAGGACUUAGCGGCUUUCAUCAACUACCUAUUACCAAGUUACCAGAAUACUGCCAGGGUUUCUCUCCCAGCCUCAUCGAGUUAAAGUUGUCUGGAUGUGAACUUGAAGAAGACCCUAUGCCAACAUUAGAGAGGCUACCUAACCUACAAUAUCUCUAUUUAGGUAGUUCUGACAUUGAAGACAAAUUGGUUGACUCCGCUGAUGGUUUCCCCCAACUCAAAAUGGUUUGCUCCGCUAAUGGUUUCCUCCAACUCAAAACCCUAGAACUCAAUCGUUUUUACAAUUUAAACGAGUGGGAGGUGGAAAAAGGAGCCAUGCCCAAUCUCUCUUCUUUAGAAAUUGAAUGUUGCCCAGGACUAGAAAUGGUUCCAGAGGGACUGAGAUUCGUUGCUACCCUCCAACGAUUUACAAUUAGGGCUAUGAGCCAAAAUUUCAAGAACAAGCUUCGAAGGGUCAAUGGUGAAGGAGAAGAUUUUUACAAAGUGCGACAUGUGUCCUACCUCAACAUUCUCUAA